CUCAGGUAUAUAGAUCCAUCCCGGUGAAGGCCGAAAAUGAAUCCGAGUGUUUGGAUUUCGAUUAUCUUAGGUUUCGCGAUAUUUUGUUCAGUAUGUGAGGGUCGUAGGGGAAGAGGAGGCGGCUCACGUAUAGGCUCGCGUGGAGGCUUCGGGUCCUCUUCAUAUCGCUCGUACCAGUCAGGUUCCAGCAGUUCGACACGCGUUCGUGUGCGCUACAGCGGCCCCAGCUAUACGAGGGGGUCAUGGCAGACUGCAGCUGCCAUAGGGACCGUGUAUGGCCUCAGUAGCUACAGGCAGAGAAGUCUCUACUACCGGUACCCUGACAGAGAGCCUACUAUUUGCUACAAUGAGGUGAACUUAAAGAACAGCACGUUCGGGUACUUUGUCUGCCCCGAGACCAACAUGACGGACUCGUUUGACAAGUGCUGCGGUGACUCUAUGGAGCAGAGGUGUUGUGAACCUAUGGUGUACACGAGAGAACGCAAGCAGGCCAAUAUCGUUGUAAUUGUGGUUGGUGGUCAUCGUAGGCUGCGUAGUGGUCGCAGUAAUCAUCUACAUCGUCAUUGUGCGACGUAGAAGAGCGGCCAGGCAAGGGAAGGUCAUCCAGAAACAGCAAAG